AUGGAUCCAACCCAAUUCCAGUAUGUCAUUCGAAAUGGCAAGAAACUUGACUUCCACGAAUUCUCCAACGAAAUGGCAUCCAGGACGUUUAACUACCCACGCCUGUCAGAAUCAAAGUUCCCCCAGCUACGGGACAGCAUGAACAAAAUCUAUAAAAUCAUGCAGGGUAAGCCUUUGGACAAACUCACUGACAGCAUGAUGAUAAAUCUCCAACGUGUAUUCAAAUGGAAAUUCUCACAAGCAACAGAUUGGAGAACAGAAAAUAUGUAUCAGUUCUGCUGCUCUAUCAUGUUUGAAGCCAGUUUUAUGACACUCUAUGGAAGAGAUCCUGUUGCAGAUGGUCGUAACGUUAUUAGUGAAAUGAGAGAAAAAUUUACAAAGUUUGAUGCCAAGUUCCCCUAUCUUGUCGUCAAUGUACCAAUUGCGUUGCUAGGAAAUACCAAGUCUAUUCGGGAAGAACUCAUCCAGUUUUUUAUGCCUCAUAAGAUGAACACCAGGCAUGACCUGGCUGAGGUAAUAGAAGCCCGGAAAGACAUCCUGGAAAAUUAUGAUGUGCUACGUGAUUAUGACAAAGCAGCCCAUCAUUUUGCCUUCCUUUGGGCCUCUGUGGGGAACACGAUUCCGGCUACAUUCUGGGCCAUGUACUACCUGGUGAGGCACCCAGAAGCCCUUGCAUCAGUGCGUGACGAAAUUGACCAUUUGCUGCAGUCAACAGGUCAGAAGAGGGGGCCAAACUGUGACAUCCAUAUCACCAGAGAACAGUUGGACAGCCUGGUUUUGCUGGGUAAUUUAUUUUCUUUUUUUUAUCUGCAUUAA